UCAGGUAGUUGACUAGACUAGUCACAUCCCUGUGGGAGAGGCACUUCUCCCUCCAUGGCGGUCAUGGAGGGGGCAGCGCCUCUCCCACUGCUUGGUAGCUCUGGGCAAGUCCUGAGCCCCAAGCUGGGUGAGACCCAUGAAGCAGCUGUGUGGGGUUGUACUGCUGUGCAGCCUACAGGAAAUGCUCCUGGCCAUCUGACACUAGGGCUACAGGUUGUGAGGUGGCUGCGGUUUGGAUGAAGGGGAGGCAUGGGCCACUUCCGGCAACAGGAACCUUGCCCGUGUGCAGAGGUAUCCAGAGCUCUGCCUCUGGCUUUUCCAUCUCUUACUGGUGCCCUGCACAAGGACAUGCUGGCUUAUUUUCACUUUUGCUGUAAACCAUGUAUAUAAUGAAAACUAUUUCAAGCACCCAUAAUUCCAGCACCUGUGAGGGAAACCCCUGUUUUAAUUAUGCCAGUGCUCUCUGACUUUUUGUGUGCAGGUGGGAUGUCUUCCAGAGGUGGAGUGUCCUCAUACUGCCCUCACUCUGUCCCAGUGAGUCAGAGCAGCUGGCUUCACUUAGGCUAGGUCUACACUAUACCUGGCAGCUUGACUUAAGGUAUAGAACUCCAGCUACAUAGACUGGAGUAGGCAUAUCUUAAGCCAAACUUGAUGGUGGUCCCCAUGGGAGGAGGCCAACAGGAGCAAAUGCUCCUGUUGGCUUCCCUAAUUCCUGGCAAGAACAGGAGUACUGGAGGCCAGUGGAGGGCAUCUUCUGAAUUUGAUUUAGUGAGUAUUAACUAGACUCACUAAAUCAAACUUUGGAAGAUCAAUCACAGCACCAUCAGUCUACCUUGGAGUGAAGAUGUGGCUUCAGUUGCCUGUGGUUGGGCUUUUCUCCUCUUGGCUCCCUGCUCUGCUUUACUUCUGGUGUCCCAGCUGCCAGCCAUGUGUCAUCCCUGGGAGACUGAAUGAUCCACCUGCUAUUAAAAUGUUAAAUUCAAGAAGAGUUUGUGAUCUCUUUUUUCUGUAAUUUGUUUUUUUUUUUAGCAAGGUCUUUACAUCAGAAAGCUAUUGGCUAAACACAGGUUAAAGCUUUGGUAGUAUGGCUAACCUGCCCUCAUUUUUGUAAAACUUAAAAUACCUCACAUUUUGGUAGCUAAAUAUUUUCUUUCUUUUCUCAGACUAGAAAAGUAGUUGCUACACUGAAUGGUCACACUGGCAGAGUUAAUUGUGUGCAGUGGGUUCACAACCUAGAUGGCUCUGCUGAGACAGAAUUAAUUUCUGGAGGUUCUGAUAAGCAGGUCAUUGUAUGGAAAACACAGAAUAAUCAGCUCGUGAAAUGCAUUCAUCUUGAAGGCCAUUCAGAAGCUGUUUGUGCUGUGGAUGCUGUUUACCAGACAGAUGAGUCAAAGACAGAUUUAAAGCUACUAAUAGCUUCUGCUGCUUCUGAUUCUACCGUCAGAAUCUGGUCCAAACAAGGUUCAGAAGCUAAAUGCCUUCAGAUCCUGGAAUUUGGAAAUGGACUUGUCAUGGAUGUCUGCUUAUCAUUCUUGCCUGGCAGUGAUAUACCAAUAUUAGCUUGUGGUGGUGACGACUGCAACAUUCAUUUGUAUAUUCAACAAAAUGGGCAGUUUCAGGAAACACUAAUACUCUAUGGCCAUGAAGAUUGGAUAAGAGGCAUUGAAUGGGCAGUCUGUGGCAAGGAUAUUUUCUUAGCAAGCUGUGCCCAGGAUUGUCUGAUAAGAAUCUGGCGGUUGCAGGCAAAAUCAACACUAUCUGUGGAAAUCAAAGAUGAUGACUCUAUAAAGCUGAAGGAGAAUACUUUUACUAUGAAAAAUAAAAAUACUGAGACCACAUAUGCAGUUAUUCUGGAGUCUGUGUUAGCUGGCCAUGAAAAUUGGGUAUAUGCAGUUCACUGGCAGCCUUCAUUUUUGAAAGAUGGCAUAAUACAACAACCAAUGAGACUACUGUCUGCAUCAAUGGACAAAACUAUGAUUCUGUGGGCUCCAGAUGAAGAAUCUGGAGUAUGGCUAGAACAGGUCCGUGUAGGAGAAGUGGGUGGUAACACACUUGGAUUUUUUGAUUGUCAGUUUAGUCCAAAUGGUUCAAUGAUUCUUGCUCAUGCUUUUCAUGGAGCACUACAUCUUUGGAAACAGAUUCCAGCUAAUAAGAAAGAAUGGACUCCAGAAGUUGUAAUUUCAGGACAUUUUAAUAGUGUAGAAGAUAUAAAAUGGGAUCCAGAAGGAGAAUUUAUCAUCACUGUUGGUUCUGAUCAAACUACUAGACUUUUUGCUCCAUGGAAAAGAAAACACCAGACAGAGGUAACUUGGCAUGAAAUUGCAAGGCCUCAAGUCCAUGGAUAUGACUUGCAUUGUCUAGCAAUGACCGGCCGAUUUCAGUUUGUUUCUGGAGCUGAUGAAAAAGUGCUUCGAGUGUUUACUGCCCCCAAAAAUUUUGUGGAAAACUUCAGUAACAUCAGUGGUAUUUCAGUGGAGAAACUGUGUUCCAAUGAAACUAUUGAACUUCCAGAAGGUGCAGCUGUACCUGCUUUGGGUUUGUCCAAUAAAGCUAUCUUUCAGGGAGAUAUGACAACUCAGCCAGCUGAUAAGGAAGGAAUAUUUAAUAGCGUUUCCAAUCAGUAUCGUCAGAUUUAUUUUCAACCCCUCAUUCUUACAGAACCUCCCACAGAAGAUCAUUUAUUGCAGAAUACCUUAUGGCCUGAAGUUCAAAAGCUAUAUGGUCAUGGCUAUGAAAUAUUUUGUGUUGCUUGUAACAGUUCAAAAACUAUAGUUGCCUCAGCAUGUAAGGCUUCCAAAAAAGAACAUGCAGCUAUUAUUUUGUGGAGCACCUCAUCAUGGAAGCAACUGCAAAGUUUGUCUUUUCACAAUUUGACUGUUACUCAGAUGGCAUUUUCUCCUGAUGACAAAUUCUUAUUAGCAGUUUCCAGAGAUAGAAAUUGGUCACUGUGGAAAAAUCAAGAUAAAAACCCAUCGCUGUUAGAACCAGUUUUCAACCUCUUUGCAUACACAGACAAAAACACAGCUGUGCAUAGCCGGAUCAUUUGGUCUUGUGAUUGGACGCCAGACAGCAAAUAUUUCAUUACCGGAAGUCGUGACAAAAAGGUUAUUAUCUGGGGUGAAUGUGGCUCAGCUGGAGCUACUGAAAGCAAUGGACUAGGUGUAAUGGAGCCUUGUUCUUCAAUAUUGGAUGUUGGGGAUUCGGUCACUGCAGUCAGUAUCAGCCAUGUGCUUGCUCCUGAUGAAAGUUACAUCAUUGCAGUAGGAUUAGAGUGUGGGAAGAUUAAUUUGUACACGUGGAAGCAGAGGGAGCAGAGACCAGCAUUGACUGAUUGGACCAAAUGUGUUGAGACUGACAGCAGCCAAAGUCACACUCUAGCUGUCAAACGGCUAUGCUGGAGAAAUCGUGUGGGCAGAGCUGGACAUAAUGACCAGGACAACAGUGAAUGGUUGCAGCUUGCAAGUUGUGGAACUGAUCACUCUGUAAAGAUACUAAAUGUUAACAGGUGCACUCUUUAGCUAAGGCAGCAGCCCAGCUGAGCCAAAUGAAUCUGUUUUCACUUUAACCAUUUGAUUUUUAAAUUCAAUUUUUUGUUGUGAAAACAGAAAUGUCUGACAUGUAUAUUGACCUAAUUUAUUAAAGUAUCUUGAAUAAUAA